AAAAAUGCAGAUUUUGGUAUCACUUCAUUUACUCUUCGUAAACAAAUGUUCGAUGCGAUAGAGAUUUGGACAUGUGCAUGUCUUCUAGAUGCAAUAGGACUCUCUGUCCUGAGCGUUGCUGCGAAAUCCGUGUGUUCGUUAGGAUAAGUGGACAGGAAGUAAAUGGUACAUAGAAGCUACGGAAGCUCGAGAGGAUGAGAGGGUUAGAACAUAGACACAAAAGGAAUCGUGACUUGAUGAACAAGCAAAGAAUACGCGGCAAAUGUGACUUAAAACGGAAUUUGGCGCCGUGUAGUCCCUCCCUCAGCCUUGCGAAUCACUUCUUUGAACCAGUGAACGGUCUGAGCAUGUCAGUCUCCUCGUCACGGUUCUUAUCGGGGCGCAUGGAAUGCCAGGCAUUCACGGGUGCAAGUCCGGCGGCUCCGUAUUGAGCCCGAACCGGGCGCGCAACCCGAUUCGAACGGAUUUUGGAAACUCAGACCCCAAGUUUAAAUGAUGGCGGUUCGAUGGUCGAUCUCACGGCGCAAAACGCAUCGGAGAUAGAUAGCCGCUAUUUCCAGGCAGGGCAGCGGGGCCUUUUCGUUUAAGUUGGGCCAAUGAGAGGGCGACAGGCGGGCUCCGGUUUCCGUCGACCGGCAUUGCGGGUCGUCGUGGGCCGCGCCAGGGGGGCCGCAUGUAACCCUUGACAAGACCGGAGCUCGAAUGCGUCGGACACGUAUGCCGCGGGGACCACUCCGCGACCGUCCCUCCGCCCCGCCAUUCCUUUGCGUUUCCGUUAUCGUUUUGGUUUUAGGGUUGUUCCCUUUCUUUCCGGCUCUAGAAAGUGCCGGCCUUCUCAUAUCUCACCCCUCGUCCACCCUUCACAUCGCCUCACCCUGCGCACGCUCGUUCUCGCUCACUGGCUGUCCAAGCUCGUAUCCAUCGCUGCCGCUGCUGUGAGCACCCCUCAAGGCCCUAGAUCUUGAAGUUGUUUUCAACACAUCUCAUUCCGGUAUCCAAGCGUUGAAGGUUCUCGGUCACAUCCAACUCUAAGAUGGCUUUGCCAGGGCAGACUACCCCUGACAACUGCCCUGCGUUCAAGCUCGUCAUCGUAGGCGAUGGUGGAACAGGGAAGACGACUUUUGUGAAGCGUCACUUGACCGGAGAAUUCGAGAAGAAGUAUGAACCCACUAUUGGAGUGGAGGUGCAUCCUCUAGAUUUCUUCACCAAUUGCGGACGAAUUAGGUUUUACUGCUGGGAUACCGCCGGUCAAGAGAAGUUUGGAGGGCUUCGUGAUGGUUACUACAUUCACGGCCAGUGCGCCAUCAUUAUGUUCGACGUCACAGCCCGCUUAACCUACAAGAACGUGCCAACAUGGCAUCGCGAUCUAUGCAGGGUGUGUGAGAACAUUCCCAUCGUCCUUUGCGGGAACAAGGUCGAUGUAAAGAACAGGCAGGUGAAGGCCAAGCAAGUCACAUUCCACAGGAAGAAGAAUCUCCAGUACUACGAGAUCUCGGCGAAGAGUAACUACAACUUCGAGAAACCCUUCCUCUACCUUGCAAGGAAGUUAGCCGGCGACGUGAAUUUGCACUUUGUGGAGUCCCCUGCUCUUGCCCCGCCGGAGGUUCAAAUUGAUCUUGCUGCCCAGCAACAGUAUGAAGCUGAAUUGGCCGCUGCUGCUGCUCAGCCAUUGCCCGACGAUGAUGAGGAAGCUUUUGACAACUAGACAGACGUACCGUUUUAUCCGAAAUCUUGUCUUGAGUUGAUGUCUUACUAAGCUGAACCAAUCCCACUCCGAUGGUAGGCCUUUGGUGGUGAUGCUAGCAAGGCAGACUAGUAACUGGUCCUCAGAAACUUCUCUGGAAGUGGAUGAAUGAGCUUGGCUUGAUUGAGUUUGUAAGCGCAGCUCGCGUCAAGUAGAAUCUUGCUACCUCUUGGCCGGCUCUGUCGUCCAUCUUCUGUCUGCAUAGUAUAUUAUGCCUCGCGUGAUUCAGGCCUGACUGAGAUUCAUAGUGUGCGUUGUUGACUAUAGCAUGUUCUGUGUUUACUUGCAACGUGACAUCUGGAUCGGCCAGCGUUGAAACUGGUCAGGUCACUUGACAGUUCUCACGACCUUCCUGUGGACGGAGUUCAAGAUUAAGCGUACUCCAAAUAAUAUACCUGUUAUUUGGAGCAAGUUAUACUCCUUAAUGAUACUUUGAGAUGCGAAAGUAACACCCAGCACAUGUGUCGACAAUGAUGUUCGUACAGCUCAUAUUCGCAUGAUAAUUGAGUCAGCAGCGCAUUUCCGGC